GUUGGCGUGACGUCAAGCAUAAUGGCGGCUUAGGAAAACGAACUAGCAUCGCAAGCGGCGUGUUUUUUUUAAAACUCAAACGAUGGCCGGUGAGCCCUCUGAUAAGAAGGACCUGGACACCGCAGGGAAGGAGCGGGAGUCCCGUAAGCGCAGUCGUUCUCGCUCCAGGGAUCGAGAUGCUAAAGGAUCUCACGACAGAGAGCGUAAACGACACAGAUCCCGUGAACGCAAGCGCUCCCGCAGCAGAUCCAAAUCUGCUGACCGAGAUCGCCGUCAGAAAGACAGAGAGAAGGAUAGAGACAGGAACCGCAGAGACAGGGACAGACGGGACAAAGACCGGUCCAAGAAAUCAAGGAGCACUUCUCCAAAAUCCAGGGAUUUAAAGAUAAAGAGAGAAAAGGAUGGGAAAAAAGAGGAAGAUGAUGAAGAUGACAAGAAGAAAGACAAGGCUCAGCCUCUAUCUCUGGAAGAGCUGCUUGCUAAAAAGAAGGCAGAAGAAGAGGCAGAAUCAAAGCCCAAGUUCCUGUCUAAAGCGGAGCGGGAAGCUGAAGCUAUCAGACGAAGGGAGCAGCAGACAGAGGAUCGCCGAAAACAGAUGGAGGAGGAGAGGAAGAAACGCAGAGUGUUUCAGGACACUGGGAGGAAGAUGCUUGAGGAUCCUCAGGAGAGAGAGCGACGGGAAAGAAGGGAGCGAAUGGAGAGGGAGAACAAUGGGAAUGAUGAAGAUGAUGGACGGCAAAAGAUUCGAGAGGAAAAAGACAAAGGAAAAGAGCUGCAAGCCAUAAAGGAGCGUUAUCUUGGAGGAAUGAAGAAACGUCGGCGCACACGUCAUUUGAAUGACAGGAAGUUCGUCUUUGAGUGGGAUGCGUCUGAAGACACAUCAACUGACUACAAUCCACUGUAUAAAGAGAAGCAUCAAGUUCAGCUCUAUGGCAGAGGCUUCAUUGCCGGCAUUGACCUCAAGCAGCAGAAGAGAGAUCAAUCUCAUUUCUAUGGUGACCUGAUGGAGAAGAGACGAACCAUUGAGGAAAAAGAACAGGAGGAACUGCGUCUCAAGAAGGUCCGAAAGAAGGAGGCUAAGCAGCGCUGGGAUGACAGGCACUGGUCUCAGAAGAAGCUAGAUGAGAUGACUGAUAGAGACUGGAGAAUCUUUAGAGAAGACUACAGCAUCACAACCAAAGGAGGCAAGAUCCCUAACCCCAUCCGCAACUGGAAGGAGUAUGCGCUGCCACCACACAUUCUGGAGGUCAUCGAGAAGUGUGGCUAUAAGGACCCGACACCUAUCCAGAGACAGGCCAUUCCCAUUGGUUUACAGAACCGUGACAUCAUUGGUGUGGCUGAGACUGGUAGCGGUAAAACCGCCGCCUUCCUCAUUCCAUUAUUGGUCUGGAUUACUACUCUGCCUAAGAUUGACAGAAUUGAGGACUCUGAUCAGGGACCGUAUGCUGUUAUUCUGGCCCCCACACGUGAGUUGGCCCAGCAGAUCGAGGAGGAGACCAUUAAAUUUGGCAAACCGCUGGGGAUCCGGACAGUGGCUGUGAUUGGUGGAAUAUCCAGAGAAGAUCAAGGGUUCAAGCUCAGAAUGGGUUGUGAGAUUGUCAUAGCCACACCUGGUCGUUUGAUUGAUGUGUUGGAGAACCGAUACCUCGUCCUGAGCAGGUGCACAUAUGUGGUACUGGAUGAAGCCGACAGAAUGAUUGACAUGGGUUUUGAACCCGAUGUACAGAAGAUUCUAGAAUACAUUCCUGUGACCAAUCAGAAGCCAGACACAGAUGAUGCUGAGGACCCUGAAAAAAUGAUGCAGAACUUUGAGUCUGGCAAACACAAGUACAGACAGACUGUCAUGUUUACGGCCACUAUGCCUCCAGCAGUGGAGCGUUUGGCCAGGAGUUAUCUCCGGCGCCCUGCGGUGGUGUACAUUGGUUCUGCGGGCAAACCACACGAGAGAGUGGAACAGAAGGUCAUCCUCAUGUCAGAGGGUGAAAAGAGGAAGAAGCUGUUGGGGGUUCUGGCAAGUGGCUUUGAGCCGCCAAUCAUCAUCUUUGUUAACCAGAAGAAGGGUUGCGAUGUUCUGGCUAAGUCUUUGGAGAAGAUGGGAUACAAUGCUUGUACACUUCACGGUGGUAAAGGACAGGAGCAGAGAGAGUUCGCCCUGUCCAACCUGAAGGCUGGAGCCAAAGACAUCCUGGUGGCCACAGAUGUGGCAGGCAGAGGUAUCGACAUCCAUGACGUCUCCAUGGUUCUCAACUACGACAUGGCCAAGAACAUCGAGGAUUAUAUCCAUCGUAUCGGCCGAACGGGUCGUGCUGGAAAGAGUGGUGUGGCAAUGACCUUCUUGACCAAAGAAGACUCCACUGUGUUCUACGACCUAAAACAGGCCAUCUUAGAGAGCCCGGUGUCCACCUGCCCACCCGAGCUGGCCAAUCACCCCGAUGCCCAGCACAAGCCAGGCACUAUCCUUACCAAGAAGAGAAGGGAGGAGACUAUCUUUGCCUGAGCCAAAAUACCCAUGGCUCUUUUCUUUCCCAUUCAACUCCGAUUUGUAUGUACAUCUCCUGAAACCAUAUUCUUUAUAGCUCUUAAGCAUCCUGAUACGAAACCACAGUAAACCAUGUUGCAGUUUUCUGACUGCCACUGACUAGUGUUAAAAAAAACAUACAGCGGUGAACUGUGUGUAGAAUACCAUACCUUCUUUUUUUACAGUCCAUAGGAUUGUGUUUGUGACUUUUACAUUGUGUAAAAAUAUUAAUUCAUGUUAACCUGUACACCAGAAUGCAUCUGUAGUCAUUUUCUGUGGAUUAAUAAUAAAGUCCUUUUGAUGGAACAAUGACGUUUUUCUUAAGUCAACAUGAAAUAAAAAAAUUAGC